UAUUUGUGAUGAAAAUGCAGGACAUUCCGUAUAUUAACCUCACUGGACCUGAUUUAACACCAAGUCGUGAUCAUGUAUUUCAUAUUACGUUUCCCAAAGAGUGGAAAGCCAGUGACCUGUAUCAACUGUUCUCACCAUUUGGGUCUAUUUAUAUUGCAUGGAUUGACGACUCAUCAGCGUUCAUUUCACUCUACAAGAGAGAUCAAGCAGAUAUAGUAAUGAAGGCUUUAAAGCAAGGCGACUAUUACUUUAUUCAGCCGUAUAAAGAUUAUAAGAUCUUUCAAAAUACUGGAACACCACCGGCUGCUGCCAUAUCAAGUGCACCGGACAAGACACCGAGUAGAAAACGUCCCCACAUUGAAGUGGAUAUACACUAUCCAUCAGAGGAAGAUGCUAAACGAGCCAAAAUAUUGGAUGCCAGUGCCCCACCUUUUGUUUCACGGAGAAGCAUCAGUCCAAUAGAAGAAGACCCAGACAUAGAAGUGGAAGAUGCUGAUGAAAAUAGUAACCGUGACAAUGAAGAUAAUACAAGAGACACGAAAACUGAUGAUACUGAUGAAAAAGCCAACAAGAACUUAAAAAUAAAAACGGCAGAUGAAGCAAACAUAAAAAGUGAGGAAAAUCAAGAAUCUAGCAAUAAAGAAGCGGAAAAGCUGUUUGAAGAAUCUGACACUUGGUAGUAGAACACGUCAAGUGACUUAGAUCUCAGUGGACUGCCAGCAGUUGAAGACGAUUCAUAAUGCUUUUGUGUCUAUUGAUGUAACCUUGGAUUGAUAUACACUGUAGUAAUCCAAAUAUUUGAAAAUUUUGUAUCUGCAGUUAUUAUUAAUUAUAAUAUUUCAUAUCAAUAUUUGCUUGUUUUAGUUUAAUUUGGACAGGGUCUGAAAUGUCAACAUUUACUGAUUGAUGCAUAUCAUUUUGUUUUGUAAUAUGAUCCAAAAUGGCCAACCCAUUUUUUUUAUAUACUUUCACCGAUCUUGUCCAAUGCUUGUUGAAAGACCUUACAUAAUGAUUCACAUAUACAUCAACUUAU